CCGUCCCCCGUUGACGUCUCGCGGACGAGCAAUUGGAAUUCCUCGCGUGUCCACACGCAGGCCCGAUAUAGUCGGAUGGCGCGAUCUGGAACGUGAACGUCGAUCGAUCGCCUUCUCGCGCGCGUCACAAAACCGCUCGAGGCACGGUGACGGUUGGAGAACCGAAGAAACCAGUGGCUAACCAAGCUACCGCCGAACCAACGGGGCACACGCACAGCAAAAAAGAAGAGAACGCGGUGCAACGGAAACGUUCGAGUUCGACCGAGAAUUUUGGAAAAAAUCGUUCAACCUGGAUCUAAGGACGAACUUGGACGUCUACGUCGACGAUCCCGAUCAUCGAGCGCUAGACGGACGCGACAAGCCGCGCAGGGAUCGCAGGACAAACAAGAUAGAUCCCAAAGUGAUCGAGGAAGGUAUCGCGACGACGGAAGACAACGGUUACGAGGAUCGUGUUCGCGAGGGCAAGGAGAGUCGUCUCGCCGCGAUGAGAGGCGAGUCGGCGCGACCGGGGAAGCGCCCUUUGAGGGCACUUUCCGCAUCCGAGAAGAUGGACGCGAUCCAAAGGGUUCACGAGGGGGAGAGCAAGGCCUCGGUGGCACGCGAUAUCGGUGUUCCCGAAUCGACGUUAAGGGGAUGGUGCAAAUCAGAACACAAAAUUCGAGGAAUGGCGAGGAAUUCGUCGACGCCCGACAGCGAGGCGCACUCGCCCGCUUCGUCCUCCGGGGCGAACGUGACGGCCGGAAAUUUGGCCGGCGGUUCGGCGAAUCUGUCGAGCGAGGACGAGGGUCCUUGCGCGAAGAAGUCGAAAAUAGAUCAGCAAAGUUCGGUGACGGGAGCGGGUACGUCGUUCGUAGGUGACAUUUGCACAGACGCCGACGGCAAACCGGACGGCAAGCAACCCAAGAUCGAUUACGUGGGCCUGAUGACCAGCAUGGCAGGCAUGAGACCCGAGAAUAGUUCGUUGCUUUUGCAACAGCUGGGCCUGCUCUCGGGCGCCACCGGCACGUUGGCCAAGAAUCUGUUGAGCAUGUCGCCCGCCCUGUCCCACGGCAGCACCGUUGGCCUCGUGGAAAACGGUCUCCAAUAUACCAAGAGCAGCACCGGUAACGCGUGUUUACCGAACACAGCGAGCAGCUUGAACGGAGGUAGCAACAAGAGGCACAGUAUUUCCGCGAUCGCUCCGGCUCAGAUGGAUUCCGUUGUCGCGAAAUCCUGCACGAGGAAGAGCCUGCCACCUGCCGCGGAGGCGCCCUCGACGCCGGUCCCAGCUUCACCGAGGAAGACCAACGAGAACAACAGCAGCAUUCAGCGAUCCGCGAAACCGAAGAAGGACGGGAACGUCAGUGGCACCAACAACAAAAAGGUCGACGAGGCCCUCUGGCUCUGGCUGACGCAGCAACAACAACUGCUCGGCCAACAGUCGGCCAGCUUCAAUCCGAGCAUCAAUCAGCAAGAUGGAUCGUGGUUUUGGCAGUGGUACAAACAGUGCAGCUUCCCGCUGAUAACGCCGACGCCGACGCAACUCGCGCCUAGUCCCGUCGCCAAGAAAUCGCCGAGCAAGGCGAGGGCCAUGCUCGACAACGUGCUGUGCAACAACAACAACAACAACAACAACAACGAGAACGUUAAACGAAGCUUGAACAUGGAGGUGCCGGAGGACGAGGACGUCGAGACGUCGGGCGACGUGCCCGCCAGCACCGAGGAGGCGAUCGAGCACGGGGAAAAGUUCUUCAAGUGGUUGGACAAAUGCUCGGACCCGGCGGUCACGAGGCUCCAGAUUAUACAGUUCAAAUACCUAUUGGACAAUCUGAAGGCGUGUAGAAAGAAGUCAUCGUCUAGCGCGAAACAAAGCAGAAAGUAGGCGAGACGAAGCUCUGUGAUGCUAAAUAUAUAUCUUAGAAAGAGUGCGGUUAGCGCGGCAAACGCCGAGACAGCAGAUCGAAACGGAUAGCUAGAGAGUGCGAGAGAGAAACUGAGGAGAGAGGUCGAGCUCGACUUCUUCCUUCGUGUUACCGCGACACACGCUCGAUCUCCUUUCGUCGAACUCUUCGGUCCCGUCGUCGGAACCAAUUGUCUUUUUCUUUUUUUUUUUCUUUUUUCGAUUC